AUGCUUGCUCGACAAUGUUCAUUCGGUCGCGUUAGUUUACGGACGUCGUUGAGAUUAUCACGUUCGGGGAUAGUGAACGAUUUCUUCUCGCUUACUUCUGUGCGGACAUCCUCAAAUAAAGUUGUUUCGAUUUCACCAGCCAGUUCAAGUUGGGUAGAACGCAUGCCACUUAGGUUACGACCAUACAUGUAUCUCACCAGAAUUGACAAACCCAUCGGGACCCUUCUAUUAUUCUAUCCUUGCACAUGGUCGAUAACAAUGGCAGCUUACUCCUUGCACACUCCGGUCACUACUCCAUUGGUCUACACUGUUUUGUUUGGAACCGGUGCUUUGGUCAUGCGCGGCGCAGGAUGCACAAUAAAUGAUAUGUGGGACCAAAGGUUGGACAGGGCAGUAGAAAGAACGCGUGAACGACCGCUAGCUAGAGAUGACAUCACCCAAAGGCAGGCUCUGAUAUUUUUGGCUGGACAGCUCGGAAUUGGCUUGGGUGUACUGCUCCAACUAAACUGGUACAGCAUACUUUUGGGAGCAUCAUCAUUGUCCGUUGUGACGAUAUAUCCGCUCAUGAAACGCAUAACCCAUUGGCCUCAAGCUGUACUUGGUCUAGCUUUCAACUGGGGUGCAAUGCUGGGCUGGUCUGCGGUGGCUGGUGCUGUCGAUUGGCAUGUCUGUUUACCGCUUUAUGCCGGCGGAGUUUGCUGGACUUUAGUUUACGAUAGCAUCUAUGCUCAUCAGGAUAAAAAAGACGAUGUGACGGCAGGCAUCCGCUCAACUGCACUUCUUUUUGGAACCCAAUCUCGUUUGAUUCUCAGCGGUCUUUCGGCCUCAUCCAUGUCACUUAUCACCUUAGCGGGCUAUCUCAAUGACCAGACUGCUCCCUUCUUUCUCGGAGUAAGCCUAGCCGCCGCCCAACUAGCUCGUGUGCUAAUCCGAACCGACUUUGAUGUGCGGGAAAGUUGUUGGAGAGGGUUUGUGGGAUGUGGAUGGUCAGGUUUUUGGGUAUGGGCAGGGGCACUGGGGGAUUACGCAUUUGGGUUGCUUUAG